AUGCGUCGGUUGUUGCGUCGAGUGUUGCCGCUGUUGUUGCUGUUGCUGCUGUUGCCGCUUUUCGUGCUGGGCACGCACUUGAGUGGCGCGUCGGCUGUUGACAAGGAUGUGGCACCAGUUGGCGAUGUAAAAACGGAUUUGCUGUCAUUCGAGCAGGAAAUUGGCGGCUCUGCGGUUCGGGGCGAAUCCAUGCGGAAUCUGCUUCCGGGGCGGCGAAGGCGUGGCAUCUUCUUCAGCGGCGGGAUCACCGGGUUUCCCUUCCUCAACUGGGGCAGUGGCUACUCCUGGUCAUUCUCCGGCUAUCCGUACAACUAUUACGGCUCACCAGCACCAUCGCCUGGAUAUUACGGCUAUGGCAGUGGCUACUAUCCCGGCUACCUACCGGGCUAUCAAAAAAUUAUCAUCGGCUAA